UAUUGUGCUAGGACUGGGUGUACAAAAACCAAACAAAACCCAAUGAAAUUUCCCUGUCCUCAAGUAACUUAUAUUCUUUUGGGGGAAGAUAACUUGUAAUCAUAUAAACAUAUACAAACCAUAUGCUAUAUAUAUGUAAGGCAGUUUCAGAGAGGAGGCAUUAAUCAUUGUGGGAGGAGGUAUCAGUAAAGAACUCAUAUAAAAUGUAGCAUGUGAACUGAAAAUUGAAGACAAUUAGGUAUUCUAAAAAGCAUAAGGGAUGUACAUCAGGCAUGGUAGACUGUAAAAAAGGGAGACUGAAGAGGAAAUUUUGUGUGUAAUGAAAAAUAAGGUGGCAAUUUGGUUGAACAGUAAAAUGUAUGGAAUUUGAAUACAAGCUAGAAAAGAUAGAGAGAUAGGUGAGAGCCAGACUGUGAAUCAAAUAAAACUUUGUCAUUUAACAUAAUCUUUUUUGGGCCAAAUUCUGUGUAAGCUAGAGACAUAAUCCUUGCUAAGGAUAAAAUUUACUGUCACUCAAUUAAAUAUUAUGAAAUGUUCACCUCUUUCCAUAUCCACAGAUAAAAGAGGAAAAACAUGGUAAAAGGAGAAAAUCACACCAUUUGGACCUAUUUUGUGUUGGAGGGAUUUUCUAAGUAUCCAAAAUUAGAGAUGGUUCUUUUUGCAUUCAGUCUGAUAAUGUACCUGAUUACACUGCUUGGUAACAGUACUCUUAUUGUAAUCAGCAUCCUGGAUUUUCACCUUCACACCCCCAUGUAUUUCUUCCUAGGGAACCUUUCCUUCAUGGACAUCUGCUACACAUCUUCCUCUAUUCCAACUUUACUAGUUAACUUGUUGGCCACAGAAAAAACGAUCAUCUUCUCGGGGUGUGUUCUGCAAAUGUAUCUCUCUCUUGCCAUGGGGUCCACAGAGUGUGUCCUCUUGGCUGUGAUGGCAUAUGACCGUUAUGUGGCCAUCUGUAACCCUUUGCGGUACUCUAUUGUCAUGAAUCAAAGGAUCUGUGUGCAAAUGGCAGCUGGAUCAUGGAUAACUGGUUGCCUCACAGCUCUCCUAGAAACAAAUUCUGCUCUACGAGUGCCUCUUUGUGGGAAUGUGAUUGAUCAUUUCACUUGUGAAAUUCUUGCCAUGCUGAAAUUGGCCUGUAGCAGUUCCUUGUUCAUGGACAUGAUUAUGCUAGUGGUCAGUGUGCUUCUCCUUCCCAUUCCCAUGCUCUUAAUUUGUAUUUCCUAUUUUUUCAUCCUUUCUACCAUCUGGAGAAUUAACUCAGCUGAGGGAAGAAACAAAGCUUUUUCUACUUGUGGAGCCCACUUGACUGUGGUGAUUUUGUACUAUGGGGCUGCCCUGUCCAUGUACCUCAAGCCCUCAACAGCAAGUUCUCAAGAAACAGACAAAGUCAUUUCCUUACUUUAUGGGGUGCUGACGCCCAUGCUAAAUCCCAUCAUCUACAGUCUGAGGAACAAGGAAGUCAAAGAGGCUGCAAAAAAACUAUUUAAGAGAAAUUCUCCUUUGUCACAAACAUAAAAGAUUCUGAUUGGG